AUGAAGGGUAUUCUUCUAUCACAAAGGAAGUAUGUCCUGGACAUGCUCUCAGAAGCCGGGAUGUUAGGAUACAGAAGUAGUGAUUCUCCAAUGGAUGUGAACUCAAAACUACUAUCAGACCAGGGGAAGCUUCUUAAGGAUGUUGGGCAGUAUAAGAGAUUGGUGGGGAAACUGAAUUAUCUGACGGUGACCAGACCUGACAUCACAUUCACAGUCAGUGUUGUGAGUCAGUUCUUCUCCGCACCAAGAACUACUCACUUGAAUGCAGUAAUGAGAAUUUUGAGGUACUUGAAAAAUGCUCCAGGACGAGGAAUUCUCUACUCAGAUCAAGGGCACACCAAAAUUGCAGGCUUCUUUGAUGCAUAUUGGGUCGGAUGUUCUUUUGAUAGAAGAUUCACUACUAGAUAUUGUCUUUAUCGGAUGAAAUUUGGUGUCAUAAAAAAGUAA